UGGGCUUCUUUCUGUUCUUCGUUUUCAUUCGAAGCUCUUAAUUUGAAACCAGGAAUUCCAGUUAAGGUUUUGGGCUUGGUCUUGAAAGCUCCUUGUUACAUCUCCUGGGCUAGCGAUGCUCUUAGGAGUUUGCCGCGUACCCUGUUCAUCAUCGUUUGUUGUCGUGUUGAUUUCCGUUUCUGGGUUGUCAAAAGUAAGCGCGCGCGGCAUUUAUUGCUUGCCUAAGUAUCUCUUUCUCUGUUUGUUUGUUCAGGGGAAGUGAUAGGAGGGUGACUUACGUUUCGCCAAGUUCAGGGUUUAUGUGUAUCUGGGUUUUUGUGAAUCUAGACGAAGUCACUGGGUAAGAAAGGAAGCUUUGUAGGCAGAGAUUUAUUAGCUUGUUCUGAGCAGCAAUAUAGCGUAGAUGGUUUGCCGCUAUGCUCCAAUGGAGGGAAGAGUCGGUGGUGUUUGUGGUUCUGCCAAUGCGCUGGAUUGUAAUCUUGUGAACAGGCUCAAAAUUGAUGAUGGGGACGAUGGGGACGAUGGGCAGAAUUUCACGGGUGCUAUGCUGUCGUCGUCUGAUCUGAAUCUAGCUAGAGUAGCUCCGUCUUUGAGAGUGGUCAGCUUGGAAAAGGAGCCAGUUGAGGACUGCGAUUUCAGCGACGUGGUUCUCAAGUACAUCAGUGAGAUUCUUAUGGAAGAAGAUGUGGAAGAGAAGACUUGCAUGUUCCAAGAAUCCGCAGCUCUUCAGGCUGCCGAGAAGUCCUUCUACGAGGUCAUCGGUGAAAAGUAUCCCCCUUCACUGGAUAGCCACCUGAUAUCUUGUACUGAUAUGAAUCAUGAUAGUCCUGCCAAUCUUUCUACCGUCAAUUCUGGCGACCAACGCAAUUCGUAUGGGUACUUGGUAGAGCCAGGAUGGAGCCGUGACUUGGGUGAGCCCAGGGUCUCUAUUACUUCUUCUGUUUCGAGUUCCUAUACUUCAGUUAGCUCCCCAUAUAGUAGCAAUAGUACUAUUACGGAUGGGUUUGCUGAUUCUCCUGUGAGUAUCCUUAGGUUGCCCGAAGUUCUAAGUGAAAAAGAAUCAGCAUUUCAUUUCAAGAAAGGCGUUGAGGAGGCUAGUAAGUUUCUUCCAGACAGCAGUUUUCUGUUUGCCGAUUUCGAGAAAAAUAGCUUGUCUUUUAAGAUACCAGAGAAGGAUGCCAUGAGUACUGUCCCAAAGGUGGAGAAGACUAUGGGGAACGGACACUCGGAUAAAUCUAGGGGAAAGAAGAAUCCUCACUCUGAGGAUGUAUGGUUGGAGGAAUCAAGAAGUCACAAGCAUUCAUCCCUUUCUACUGAAUCAACUGUGAGUUCCGAUAUGUUUGACGUGGUAUUGCUUAGCUGUGGAAAAGAUGAUCCACUUCGUCAAGAGUUGCAAAGUGUGCAGCAGAGCGGACCAACAAAAGGGUCGAACGGGAAAAAGGGCCGAGUUAAGAAGCAGGGACGGAAAAAAGACAUGGUUGAUCUGAGAACGCUCCUGACUCUCUGUGCGCAGUCUGUCGCAGUAGAUGACAAUAGAAGUGCAAACGAGAUGCUCAAACAGAUAAGACAGCACUCAUCUCCUACUGGUGAUGGAAUGCAAAGGAUGGCACACUACUUUGCUAAUGGUCUGGAGGCACGCUUAGCUGGUUCCGGAACUCGGAUUUACACUGGCCUCAUGUCUAAACCGACAUCAGCUGCCUCUGUCUUGAAAGCUUAUCACCUAUACCUUGCUGCAUGUCCAUUCAGGAAGAUCUCAAACUUCUUCUCAAACAAGACGAUAAUGAAUGUAGCCGAUAAUGCAACCAGUCUGCACAUUAUUGAUUUUGGCAUCCUCUACGGUUUCCAAUGGCCUUGCCUCAUAAAACGUCUCUCAUCACGACCUGGUGGACCUCCUAAGAUUCGGAUAACUGGGAUUGAUCUUCCGCAGCCGGGAUUCAAGCCAGCUGAAAGGGUGGAGGAGACAGGGCGCCGCCUGAAGAACUAUGCGAAGACUUUUGGCGUGCCAUUUGAGUUCAAUGCUAUAGCACAGAGGUGGGACACCAUCCAACUGGAGGAUCUUAGGAUUGAUAAGGAUGAGGUUCUUGUGGUGAACUGUAUGUACAGAUUAAGGAACCUACUCGAUGAGACGGUGGUGACUGAGAGUCCUAGAGAUAUUGUUUUGAAUCUAAUGAGGAGGAUGAAUCCGGCGGUCUUUAUUCUUGGUGUUAUGAAUGGGGCCUAUAGUGCCCCCUUCUUUAUCUCCCGGUUUCGAGAGGCUCUCUUUCACUACUCUACUAUCUUUGAUGCUCUUGAGACGACUGUUCCCCGUGACAUUCCAGAGAGGAUGCUGAUUGAGAAAGAGAUAUUUGGAUGGGAAGCCAUGAAUGUCAUUGCAUGCGAAGGCUCAGAGAGGAUUGAAAGGCCAGAGACCUACAAACAGUGGCAGGUGCGGAUCAUGAGGGCAGGGUUUACACCGCUUCCAUUAAAUGAGGAGAUCACAGAGAUGGCAAAGGACAGAGUCAAAUCUUACUACCAUAAGGACUUUGACAUCGAUGAAGAUGGUCAGUGGCUUCCGGUUGGAUGGAAGGGGCGAAUUGUUCAUGCACUCUCAACUUGGGUACCUUCCACCAAAACGUAUUCACCCAAGGCAUGAAGAUGAUAGAACAAGUUUUUCUCGUGGUGGGCAGAAACAUGUUCAGACAGCGCUAGGUAACGCGGCGACUUGCUUAUCAUCAGAUAAAGAACAGAAAUAGGUGAAUAAUGGAGUGUACUGUUUAUAUGUUCUUCGUUAGGAGGGACCCUCAUAGGUUACUGGACAUACGCUGGAAGAUACCUGGGCUGCACUUGCAUCAGCAGAUUUAUGGCUGUGAUUUUUAGAUAGUUCUCUUUAUGUUAUAUAUUGAUUCCAAUAAGUUGUGAAGAUGUGCUAAUUGUUAAGAGUGCAGACCAUUCAUUGAACGAUUAAAUAUGCAUUCUUUGAUUA